AUGCGGGACAACCGCCCCAGCCUCGUGGUCGAGCGGCCCGGGGAGCGAAUGUCGACCCCCAUGAUGCCGUGGCAGAUUGCGAACGAAGUCGUUCGGGGCAGGGCCCCAGCGGGCCGGAACGCGGUGCCCAACACGGACUACUGCGCUGACAAGGACCGAUUCGUGCAGCAGAAGUACCCGGUCGAUCCGUCCCAGAACAUGCGGCUCGUGGUCAAGAAGCCCAGCGAGAUGGAAGACGCGUCGGACUACAAGGGGCAGUACAGGAGAUGGCCCGGUGUGCUGCUACUGGUUUUUCUUGUCGGUGGCGCGCUGUUCCUGAUUACGGAGGGAGCUUUGAGUACGCUCGAAGCGCGAACCAUACGAGCCAUGCAGUACGAGCAGCACGUGGCAGGCAAACGCUCGAUUAAAGACGGCAAGUCGGACGAGAGCAUCAUCAUCUCCGACGAUGGCCAAGUGGGCAACCCCAAGUCAUACGACACCUCCGUCACGUGCGAGAUGCCCGACUACCAGAGCAAGAACGGCCAGAUCGUCGCAGUCGCCUCCAACGGCUCGGAGAUCCCCAUCCAGAUCAAAGGUGUCAACUGGUUCGGCAUGGAGACGUCACUCGCUGUGCCAUUCGGACUCUGGGAGAACGCUGAGAACGGUACCACAGCGUACGAGAUCGCGGCGUUCUUAGCGCGCAACAACUUUAACGCAGUGCGGCUGCCCAUUUCGGUCGAGAACGUGCUGAACAACAGCCCUCCGCAGAAGGGCGUGAUCAACCUCGCGAGCAACCGAGCGAUCAACGGGACGGACUUCAUCUCGACCCUGCAGACUCUGGUCAAGUCGCUGGCCUAUCGCAACAUCGGCGUGCUCAUCAGCAUGCACCGACUCACCAACAAAAAGUCGGGCAAGACCUGGUUCGACGAAGACUUGGGCGUGACGCAGGAGAAUUUCUUAAACGCGGUGGACAUUGUGUCCUCCAACCUCUGCGGCCAGCAGUACUGGAACGUCAUGGGCCUCGACCUCAAGAACGAACCGGAGAAGGCGACGUGGGGCACGGGCAAAGACGACGACUUCGUGGCCGGCUGCGAGAAGAUCGCCAAGGUGAUGCACGGCAACUGCCCGCAGUGGCUGGGCUUCGUGGAGGGCGUCGUUGCCUCGCACAGCGUGACGAUCGCAGGAGAGAAGCUGAGUUACUACGACUGGUGGGGCGGCGGCCUGCAGAAGGCUGGAGACACGAAGCCCCAGUUCACUAUUGAGAACAAACUGGUGUGGGCUCCGCAUUACUACACGACGGCCGUGGCCCCGCAGCCGUACUUCUACGGAGACGGCACCAAGUCGGACUACUCAACGUACGUGGAGCUGUCGGACGAGGACCUUUUGACUCGAGUGGAGGGCACGAUGAAGGACAUGUUUGGCUAUCUAGUGGAAGAAAAGAGCUAUGCGCUGCUGCUUGGGGAGUUUGCCGGGCUGUACACGAAGGACGCCCACCCGAAGAUGACGACGAAGCGCACGACUGACAUGACGAUUAAAGUGAUGCUGGAGAACGAAUACGCCGGUGGCUUCAUGUGGUCGCUCAACCCAGAGAGUGAGUACCAGUACAACCCGGCCGACACUGAAGGAACGUUUACUGAAGGAAUGCUGCUGGACGACUGGUUGUCGCCAAACACCGAGUUCCUGGACGCCUUCUUGCCCAUGGACGAAAUGCCAAACCUGCGGAAGUUCCCGUGUUUCGAGAAGGAAGGGUAG